AUGACAAAGUUCACUACUCUUGCGAUCUUCAUCGUCUUAUUUCUAGGGAUGGUGGCCAGAGAGACGCAAGGACAGCAUAUCUGUCGUCAGACUCUCUUAAACGACAACUGCACUGGACCCACGUGCACAGAGCUGUGUGACAAGACAUGGGGUGGAACUGGCCAGUGUUACCGAACAGUUGACAAACGCUUUAUUUGCCUCUGCAAUUUUAUUUGCAAGACUUGA